UCACUUUUCCACACUUCCGAUUUGCGACUUUAACAGAAAUGGCGACAAAAUCGCUAUUGUUCCAAACCACGAUUUCAGAUCUGAAGCAUCUCCAAUGGCGUAGCAAUGCCAAUGCGCUCUGCCGCCUGACAUUCGCGCGACCUCCUCUUCUUCCUCAUCAUACUUCUCUUCUUCCUCGUUCUCCUCCUCCGCUGUACCGUCGUCUUCAUCUUCCUCAUUCUCCUCCUCCUCUGCUCCGACACCGUCUACGCACUCUAUUCUCUACUAUGUCCUCGAUGAACUCGCCGCAGGAGGAGGCCUCUGUCAAAACAGUGAGAAUGGUGAUAAGGGGGAGAGUGCAAGGUGCGUCGGAUCUAUCGGAAUUGGACGAUUGAUAAUGCGAAGGAGUUAGGGUUGAAAGGUUGGGUUCGGAACCGCCGGGAUGGAUCUGUGGAGGCGUUGUUUUCGGGAGAUGGAGCAGCGGUGUAGGAGAGGUCUUCCUGAUGCUAUGGUGACUGGAAUUCAGGCAUUUCAUUUCCGAGCACGGAUGAUCCUGGGAAUGAAUUCGACUGUGUGAAUGAAUGAAUCAGCGAUUCUGAUCAGGAACCCAACUCCCAAAAGUAGCUGUCGGCGCAGGAAGGAUGUUGCCAAGGCCUGCAGUGCCAGCCUUCGAAGACUUCUCUAACGAAUUCUUCUACUUCAGGCAGAGGGCAAUCCAGUAGCGUUGUUCAGGGUUUAGGGAAACCAACAGGAUUACGAAU